AUGCCAAAUUUUAGAAUGAAUUCUCUUCAAUAUCAACCCCACGAAGAACAACAAAGGGCUACUAAUACUGAAUUUUUGGAUGAAAUUUUAUUAGCAAUUGGCCUUGUUGGGGAACUUAUACACAGUUCAACCGGUGUUAUGUGUUGGAUAUCUACUCAAUCGGAUAAAGCACCCAUUAAAAUGGAGUUUUACAUGUUAUUUGUAUUUAUAACACGAAUUAUGCAAGUUGUAGUACAGUCAGUCUUUAUACUUUUGUCAAGGAGACUGCGCGCGUUGUCUCCCAAAACUCGUAGAGAAAAACCUGGAAAACAAUUUGUUACAUUUUUGCUUAUUUCUAAUGUUUCGUUAUUCUUUUUCCAUACACUUGAAGGAAUGAAAUCUGUUUUUGGCGACACAAUUGCUACGAGACGGGCUAGACCUUAUGCAAAGCUUAUUGGUAUGGUUUAAAGAGGAUUACUUCUUUUAAUUUUUGGGAUGUUUGUAUGGUUUUAAUAAAUUAAUAGCUAUUUUAUAAAUCAGAAAUUUGUGUUAGGAAACUAAGUGAAAAAACGAUAUACUUGGAGGGGCCUUAAUUCUACUCUAUCUAAUGCAUAAACAUUUACCCAAAGUUUUCCUAAUAAAUCUCAACUUUACUCUAUAUCAGUAUAGCCCGUACCAAAUAAUUCAGCUUUUUCCAAUGUUCCGGUCCCAAGCCCUUGUCAUGCCUGCUGUUUGUUUCUAUAUUCAAAAUUU